CCUCGUUACCGUUUUAAAAGUCAAUCUCUACCCCUAAAUACGCGUUUUCUUAACCUUGUUCCUAAGAUCAAAAAUUUUCAACAACGAAAACCUAAAAUCUCACAACUCGAACUCUACUCCUAAACAAUUAUCUGUCCGAAAAUAUAUACUACAACUUCUUAACCCUUCAAAUGUGCUUAUUCAAUCUCUUCUCAAAAGAUAAAGACGAAAAGGACGACCUACCACCUCCACGGCCAACGAGUCUUGGGCGCAGAACACCAGAAGCCACAUCAAGACUCCAAGGGAGCAGAUUCGACGGCAGUCCAAGACCAUCGGGUGAUAAGGACAAGUACGGCUACGGAGUCGGCUACAGCUCUGGCAAUGGAUCGUUAGGCGUCGGUGGACCGCAUGGCGGCUUGUACGGUGGUGUCAAUGGAGGUGUUUAUUCUGGCGUUAGUGGAGGGCCAAAUGGAGGCGUUAAUGGGGGAGCUUAUGGUGGUGUUUCAGGGACAACACAUGGUGGAGGAUUGGCGCCAGCUGGAGGGUAUGGAAGUUCACCGGGAGGAGGGCAUGGAUACCUGUGAUUGAAGGGAAGAUGGUUGACAACUGAUCAUUAUUGUUAUUCUUUAUUUUCAAGCGCUGAAAUUUCCCAAGAUGCCUCGGACAAAGACGAGGCUUUGUCGCCUUCGAUGGAUCUCAACGUCACCCUCAAAAGCAAACCUGCGUUGCAGGCGGCUAUUGAACUCACCGAGUUCCAUGUUAUGCUACAGCCGGUAGUGGCCUUAAUACUCUGCUAUUCUUUGUCUCAAAUUGAACAUGAGCUUUGACAUAACCCUUCUCAAAACGAAAACGAGUGAAGGAACUGCCUACGCGGCUAUCUGGCUUGGGAACUGAUGAUGUGACAUCCCAGGCCUCCG